AUGGCUCCUGCCAACUCAGCUGCUUAUGAAAUGAAUGAUUUCACCGACCCACUGCGACAACAACAAACUGCAUCAAAUGGCUCAACUCAUUCAAAAGAUCCCAGCUUAAAAGCUCCCGAUAGUGAAAAAGAUAAGAACAAAGAUAAUUCGAGUAAGAACGACAACGUUCCUUUUGACGAUGAUUUGGAUCUUUUCAAUCUUCCAGAUACAAAAUAUACCGAUGAUGAUACAACAAGAUUCUUCCAAGGAAUCGAUAAUGAACAAGUAAAUUUUCAUAAUAAUGAUAGCGAUGAUAACAGAAUUGAUGCUGCUCAUCCCAAUAAUACUCAUGAUAAUAUUAAUGAAAAUAAUUUGAGUAGAAUCUCACUCAACGAAAACUCCAAUUACAAUCCAAAUAAACCUUCGACAUCUGAAAAUGUCGAUCAAUUAACAGCAGGCGAGACAAGAGUUCUUAGAAUUAUUGGUUUCAUUUCAAUUGCGAAUAUCAUAGUUUCUCUUCCAUUUCAGUUAUUUAUCUUAAUCAAAUUAAUCAUCUUAUCAAACACCUAUUAUGAUAUAUCUUAUGAAGUCCGAAAUAAUUUUUUAUUCAAACCUGUUUAUUUAACUAAAUAUGUAACUGAAGAUACUGUCUCGACUACUUUUGAUAUCUUCUUGCCAACUAUAAUUCUUUUAUAUGCUAAAUUCUAUCAAGCUAUUUUAACUUUUCAUUCCUUAAGCAAAAAAAAUAAUAUUCUUUUUAUUUUUCUUUUAAUAUUCUUGACGUUAAUUUUAAUUUUUACUGCUGUUUUAUACUCAAAUACGGCCACUUCAUUUGAAAACAUACCCUUUGUCUAUAAUCCUGAUGACUCUUCUGAGACUGAAAUCCGAUUGUUUGGUAAAUCAUUUGGUAACACUCCUGUUGUUUUUAAGGCUUUUAGUUAUCUCUUGAUUGGUAUCUCCGCAUUAACUUUGCUAUGUCAAUUCAUUGUCUUUUUUAUUUUCGCAAGAAACGUAUUCAACCGAUUGAGUUCUUCCAACGUUGGUUUUUCAUUUGAAAAAAAGAAAUUAAUCAACAUUUUCAACUUGCAUCGAUCUGGCUUAAUCUUAAGUGGAUUCAUGUCACCAGCGUUUCUAUUGUUGUUUAUAGACAUGUUCAAAUUCACCAAAAUGAGUUACUACAUUGUCAUAUUUUUAUGCCUUGUACCAGUAUACCUCUGUGUCAAUGACUAUGCAGCAUCAACAGAGAAUUUUAAUUUGUUUUUUAUUACAUGGUGUAUCCAUCUAUUGUAUUUUUUCACUGCAUUGCAUGAAUGUCUAACCAUAUUCAAAAACAGAGCAGUGCACCAAUACCCCAUCAAGUUCUUUACAUUAAAGGUGUUUUUCUUUUUCUAUUUCUUUUUAUUGCUAAUGAAUCUUGUAUCUGGUGUCAAGGUUGCAACAAACUUUAAAAAGGGUUUAAAGAAUAAGUCUUUGUCUCAAGAAUGGAAAACUACCAAAAAGUAUCUUAAUAAGAAGAAAGCCACAUAUGAAAAGCUAGCCAUUGCUUCAGGUCACCAGUUGGGUGAAGGCACAAGUAAUGGGUUCCAAAUCAAUCCUGAGCGUAUUCAUAACGUCAACAACAAUAUCAAUAAUAUCAAUCAUAUAAAGUCAUCAAAUGAAUCAACAGAUAGUAGGAGGAAACUCACAUUGUCAAACUCAACUCUUCAAAGUUUCCAAUCCGUCUUGAAUUUGAAAAUUGAGUAUACAUUUAUUGUCAUUUUGUUUUUAUUAACGUCUGUUAUCAUUGCAUUGCAAAUUGUGUAUUUUGUCAAAACUAAUAAUUUCAACGAUGAAAUGAAUGGUUCAGUACCGGAAAGGUUUUUUGAUGCAUUUGGUGAAAAUGUGUACACAUUUUUUGAAUUUCCCACAAAGUUUAUUAAAUCGAAUUUUGCAUCAGUCAUAUAUGGCGAGGGAUUUGUGUGCAUAUUGGUUGGUUUCUUGUUUUGGCAGAUCCGAAGCUAUAAACCAACUGAUGAUAAGUCUAAAAACCAGUCGUUUUCAUUGAAUUUGAUUGCGAUCAAGUCGCUCGUGUUGGCUAUUUUGUUUUUACAAAAUGUGUUUGUGUUAAAUCAAUAUGGACAGCUAUCAUAUUGCUUUUAUGUGUAUGAUUACUUUAAUCAGAUGAUAAACAAUGAUUUUUUUGUCACUAUUGUUCUGUUUGGAUUUUCGAUAUUCGGAAUAUCUGUGUUGCGAUUUAUCUGCCUAAGUUAUUGUUAUUUUAAAGGAUAUUAUUAUUACAAUUCAUUUUUUCAUGAUGAAUUAAGAGUCGAUGGAAAUGAGAAAGUUAAGACUAUAGAAUCUAGUAAUAAACCCAUUACAAGCAAUGGUAGUAAUUCCAAUGAUGGGGAUGAGGAUGAGGAAGAUAAAAGAAUAAACAGGCAAAUACAAACUCAAUCGUUAUUGACUCAAAGAACCCGUAAGACUGCUGAAUUGAGAUUUGUUUCAUUGUUUGUUUUUAAUAUCUAUUUCGUUAUUGGGUAUCUCAUUAAUAUGAUCAUAAGAUCCUUUUACACCGAUCUUGAACAAGGGUUAACUAUUGCAUUGACUGUGGUUUAUUUCGCAUACACUGCUUUGAUUAUUUUAUGUUUAGGGUCAUUGAUCCAAUUUUAUGCUGAUCGAAAUUACAAUAAAACCUCCAAUUCAGAUAGAGGGAGCCAAAAUAAAAUGUUCAAUCUAGUUCCAAAGAACGCAGCGAUUGCUAUAUGUUUUGUCGGUAUAAUAUUGUCGAUAUGCUUCAUUGGGUAUCCUAUUUGGCAAAUAUUGAGAACUCCUAAUUCGCGAUUAUUUGAUUUAUUUGCGACAGCUCCAUUCCAAUUUUAUAUGGCUAGUUAUUAUAAUAAGGAAAGACAAGUUUAUGCCGAGUCUCUCACAUUUGAAGAAUCGUAUAAGAGUUUUUUGCCUAGUUCAUUUGCUCACAAUAUUGUUUCUAGAACCGUUAGCUUUUAUGUUACAUUUUACAGUGUGUUGACUAUUGUGGUAUCUUUUCUAUUGGCGGUUUACUUGAGUUGGAUAUUCUUUAAAAACGAUAACAAGAAAUUGAUGGUUUAUUGA